AUGGCCGAUGCUCCUUUCGCCGGUGGAGCUCCUCGAGGAGCUCCAACAUACGGCCUCUCCUCCGCCCCACGCCGCUCCUCCUACGCCUCCGUCGUAUCGGGCACCGCAUUCUCUCCCCCGAUCACCAGCUCCUUCCCGCAUCUCAUCAACUCCAACCCAGUCUCCUCGUACCCGCCGCUCUCACAACCCGACGGCCGUCUCCCCCGGGCCAUGUCCGGCCUGGAUGCCGCAGACAUGCACCUGAACUCCGCCUGGCGGACCUCGGGGUCCCCAGACACCCUACCAGUCUACUCGCGCAAGUAUACCAGCUAUCUGCGCCCGGCCGAGUUUCCGCACGGCUUGGGCAUGCUCGAUGGGCCGUCCUUCAUCACCCCAUCCUAUCUCCGCAACUCCCAUUACAUCUCCCGCCUCGACGCCGCCCAUCGAGCCAAGCUCGCCGCCCAGCAGCGCGAUACCUCCUCAUCCACAUCGACGUCGAAUCCCCCGCUCUCCGCCUCCUCCAGCAAUGUGCACCUCCCCCGGAUGGCCCCGUCUCAUCGCGGCAUGACCUAUGAGAUCAUCGAGAAGGAGCCCCCCUCCUCGGCCGACCAGCUUAGUCCCCUGCCCACGCAGUGGAGCUCGUCGGACAAGUAUGCCGGUCUGGAGCUCUCGAACGAUGGAUUGGAUGUGCGAUACACGGGCCCGGUGCACAAGCAUGACCACGAAGCUGCGGCCUUGCGUGCCGAUAAUCCUAUGCCGCCACAGUGCGGGAUAUACUACUUUGAGAUCAAGAUCGAGUCCAAGCCGAAGGAAGGAAUGAUCGGUAUUGGAUUCUCGAGCCCCAAGGCCUCGGUGGAAAGGCUCCCCGGCUGGGAGCAGGAAUCUUGGGCCUACCAUGGUGACGAUGGAAAGUCAUUUUUUGGUGAGAGUCAGGGACAAGGACGUCCGUAUGGGCCGACAUUCGGGGUUGGGGAUACUGUCGGAUGUGGAGUGAAUUUCUCCACAGGGUCGGCUUUCUUUACAAAGAAUGGGAACUUCCUGGGGAAUGCCUUUCAUGAACUGCGUAACGUGAAGCUAUAUCCAUCUGUCGGAAUGAAGAAGCAACCGCCGGUCCACUUGAAAGCCAACUUCGGUCAGGAGCCGUUUAUGUUUGACAUCGAUGGGAUGGUCAAGGCAGAGCGAGCAUUGAUUCAAUCGGAGAUAAACGCAACCAGUACUGAUACACUGCAACCCCCGCUGAACGAGUCAACGCUGCUCCAAGAAUUAGUAGCCCAGUUCCUCGCACACGACGGGUACGUCGAGACAGCACGGGCCUUCGCUGAAGAAGUGGCCACUGAGACCGCAGCACUGCAAAACGGCCAACAAGAGCCGCUGAAGAAAUACGAGGUCGAAGAAGACCAUGAAGCAAUCAACCGCAACAAAAUUCGCGCCGCCAUCCUCGACGGCGACAUCGACAAAGCCCUCAAACACACAAAAGCAUACUACGCAACCGUCCUGGAAGACCACCCACAUAUCCACUUCAAGCUGCGCUGCCGCAAAUUCUUGGAAAUGAUGCGACGCUCAAACGAGCUCAACACCGCCACCGCCCUCGCCGCCUCUAAGCGCGGCCGGGCCGACUCCCCCGGCAUCGCAGACGAGCACGCCGUGUUCGACCAGGAGAUGGAGCUGGACGACGGCGGCUGGGACGGCGACGGCAUGGACACGGAGGAACCGGAGGCGACGGCGCAGUUCAACGAGUUGCUGACCGAGGCGGUGCAGUACGGGCAGCAGCUAUGCAUGGAUUACCCGUCUGACGAGAAUGGCGGCGAUAAGAAAAUGCUGGAUGAUAUCUUUUCACUGGUGGCGUAUGCUGACCCGAAGAGCUCAGUGCACGGGCAUUAUCUUGAUCCUGCGGGGCGAGUGGCUGUGGCUGAGGAGCUGAAUUCGGCCAUCUUAGUCUCCCUCGGGAAAUCCUCCGCCGCAGCCCUGGAGCGGCUCUACCAGCAAACAGAAGUGCUUGUCAACGAGAUCAGCGAAGACGGCGGCGCCGGGGCGUUCAUUAAUGUUCGAAAUGACGUUUUGCUUUGA